AUGUCAAAAAGCUCAACGCUCGACGAAAUAAAAGUGGUUGUCAUUGGGGAUGGUUAUACCGGAAAGACAACACUAUGUGUCGUAUAUAAGGACGGACAGUAUCCGCAAGAUCCCUAUGUGCCAACAAUUUUUGAAAAUUAUGCAGCAACAGUAACUUUAUUUAAUAAAAAAUGGAUACUUAAUUUGUUCGAUUCUGCCGGUCAGGAAGAAUAUGAUCAGUUACGUAUCAUGGCUUAUCCAAAUACGAAUGUAUUUAUUUUAUGUUUUUCCGUUGUGGAUCCAGAUAGUUAUGCAAAUAUUCUUUCGAAAUGGAUACCAGAGCUAAAUCGUAAGCUAUUAGUCAUUGUUAACACUAAAAAAAUGUCAAGCUACGCUUCAAAAGUUCCUCUAAUAUUAGUUGGUACAAAAAUUGAUCUUCGCAGUGAUUUAUCAACAUUGGAACAAUUGACUAAAAAACAACAAAAACCUAUUACACAAAAUGAAGGCGAAUAUUUAGCUCGUCUAUGUUCGGCUAAACGUUAUAUUGAAUGUUCAUCAAUGUUAAAUUUUAAUGUGAGAGACGUAUUUGAUCAAGCUGUGCACGUACAUAUGAUGCAUUUGAGGCGAACAAAGUUAGAUUGUUCAUGGCUAGGUAGUUUAGUAUGUUGUGGUACGAGAAGGCAGAGUAAUAGAAAACAUAAAGUACCAAAUAUUCGUGAUUAG